CGCUUUUUUCAUCUACCGUUAAGCAUACCGACACAAUCAUUACAGCUUCUUCCGGAAUACAUUACACCCUAUUUGUGUUGCUGUUUUUUUCUUUUAAAAAAUUACUACAGUUUUGUGUUCGCAAAAUUCAAACUAAAGAGUGACUUAGUAUUGAUGGUAAUAAAUAUGUAAACUAUAUUGGAUGUUAAUGUGUGAUUUGUUUUGAUAGAAAAAAAAAAGGAAUCCGUUCGUAAUGUGCUGAAAAGUGCCGUGUAAACAGUUUCGGGACAUUUUGUGUGUGCUUUUCACGAUCAACAUACGGAUAGAUACUUUCUCUUGUUAUGGUGUUUUCAAAUAUUUUCUGUGCGGAUCAGACCUCACAGCUAUUUUAUAAAGGUUAAUAAAGAAACGUCAUGCCAGGAGUGACGAAUGGUCCGAAAUGGAUAAAUAAGGACAAUCACUUGAGUGAUUCUGAUUCUUUUUCUCACGGAAUGGCACCACAAAGGCAUCACGAAGUCAAAAGUAAUUCUGGUUCUCAAUAUUCAAAUGGAUACAACACAGAUCCAAGCAGUGAUCCGGGUGAAAAUUAUCCAACCUAUCUUUUGGAGCAUUUGGCGACAUUCUCUGUUGGUUCUCAAUAUGGUGAGCGCAUAUCUACGCCAAAGGAUGGACUUCGUAGAUUGUUGCAGAUGGAGAAAUCCAGUGGCAUAUGGACUCAGAAAAUGCAGAUGAGAUUGGAAAAGAAAUGGGUAGUCAUUAUUGACAAUGAAAAUGGCGAUGUGGUGGAGAGAUUCCCUAUGAGCUUGAUUAGUGAGCCGACUUCUUACACGAGUAACGAUCCCAGAGAACUUUACAACAACAUUGUUGUGUUUAUCGUAAAAGACGAUCCUAAAAACAAAAAUCAAAACCCUCCAGAAAUGCACAUAUUUCAAUGUGCGAGGGUGUCUGCCCAAGAAGUAGUAAACGAAAUGAAGAUGUUUAUUAGUGGUAAAUGGAAACCAAGUCCUAAAGAAAACGGACGCCAUUUACCUCCUCCUCCAUUGAGUCCACCUCCUGAACCUCCAGUGAAUGGAGUAAGUGUUAGAGAACAAGUCAAUUUGUUCAAUGCUGUAGCUGCGGCUGCAGCUUCACCACCUAAAGGAGAUGGUAUGAUACAGCGCGUUUCAUCGUCUGGAUAUUCAAAACCUGAAAAUAUGCAUUCCAGAGUUGAUCGGGACAAUAGUUUUGGGCGAGAUUCCAACGACGAGACAAGUUCCACGAGUAGCGAGAAAUACGAACGAGAUGUUGCUAUUUUAAAUCACUGUUUCGAUGAUAUUGAGAGAUUUAUCGCGAGACUUCAACAUUCCGCAGCUGCUUUCAAAGAAUUAGAGCGUCGCCAAAAGAGCAGAAAGAACAAGAAAAAAGAUAUGGGAGAUGGAAUGCUGAGUAUUCGAGCUAAACCACCCUCAGAAAAAGAAUUUGUGGACAUUCUUCAAAAGUUCAAGUUGUCCUUUAAUCUUUUGGCUAAACUUAAGAGUCAUAUUCACGAUCCAAAUGCCCCUGAGUUAGUACAUUUUCUUUUCACACCUCUGGCACUGAUUGUAGAUGCAGCUAAAGAAUCCAAUUACAGUACAACACUAGCUUCCAGAAUUGUGGCACCUUUGCUUACCCGAGAUGCCCUCGAGCUUCUGAUGAACUGCUGUACUUCCAAAGAGAGUGACUUGUGGCACAGUUUGGGAGAAUCCUGGAUAACGCCAAGAGAGCAUUGGGAAGGAUAUGAAGGCAGCUACAAUCCAGUGUUUUCUGAUGGUUGGGCACCAGAGAAUCCAUUCGCGGAAGAAAAAGUGGAAUCAGUCGCUUCAUUCGCUCAUAAAUCUAAACGCGAGGAUGGACAUCGAAGCCAUGAUGAAGUGGAUAUGCGUCAUCAGGACUUCCGGGUGCCUUCUCGUCAAGAUCGGGAUAGUCGAUACGGAAGUGACUAUUACUUCAAUGAGCACAGAGACAAAGAGAGACCCGUUUCUCCAAUGAUAUCUUCAGAAGUCCCUCAUUCGAGUUUUGAAAAUAGAUAUUACGAUAAUACGCCUACAGAAUUGCCCAGAAGGCAUGUUUUUGACAGGAAUGGUGCUGCAACUCCACUUUCUGAUCGAGAAAUGCACGAUAUGCGUGAUCGUGAUGUGCGAUCGGACUUCAGUGCCGAUUCGAUCGAUCACGCUGUUGCAUCAGAUCCACAGAUACAGUUCGAGAGGCACCAGAAACAAUUCUUGGAAGACCUCGUUGCAAAAGGGGCUCACGUGGUUCAAGUGAUGUACCCGAGGACCGCAAACAAUGACAAAGAGUUAACUGUCAUCAGAGGAGAAUUCCUGGAGGUGCUGGAUGACAGUCGUAAAUGGUGGAAGGCCAAAAAUUCGAGAGGACAAGUGGCUCAUGUCCCGCACACAAUAGUUGGACGUGUUAACGAGGAAGAAGCUUUUCACAAUCCAACCUAUGCCGCUAGAUCAGUUGGUUCAAAAGACACAUUUUACUCACCAAGUGAAUCGAGUGUUCCAAAACCAGCCAGCGAAAAUGGCCACAAAGAAUCAAGUCCCCCUCACAGACCUAUCCCCAUUCAGCCUGCUCCUGCUGAUUGGGUUAGAAGAGAACGCCAAGGCAAGAAAGGUGAAUUUCGAUACUUUUAGAAUGCUCAAUAUAGCCUUUUAGAACAAAUGCUCCUCCCUUAUUCCAAGAACUAUACUAUCCCAUCCUUCACUCUGCCAAUAUAGACGACAGAUUCGAAACGAAAAAAAAAUCCUUUGGCUUGCAA